GUCAAAAGUGAAAAUUUUCUCUCUCUGUAGAUAAAUAAAAACUUAUUUAUUUGUUAAUAUUUUAUUUUGUAUUUUUUAUUAAUUAAAAAAAGCUAAUUACGGAUUACAAAUAAAUAAAUAUAAUUUAGGGUGUGAUCUAAUAAUGAAGUGAAUGUGUUUUGCAAACAAAGAUCGUUUAUUUAUCAGAAUGUCCCGUGGCAAAUCGCGUUUGCAAGCGGAAAUUUGUGGCGAUUGUGGAGCAUCGGAUCCUUCAUGGGCUUCUGUAAAUCGUGGUAUACUCUUGUGUUCGGAUUGUUGUUCGGUACAUAGAAGCUUGGGGCGACACAUUUCAGUUGUCAAGUCUCUGAGACAGGGUCAUUGGUGUCCAUCUGUUUUGAAUUUUGUCAAUUCCCUUAAUGCGCAUGGUGCUAAUAGUGUUUGGGAACAUUGUUUGUUAGACCCAACUGGCAAAACAACAACCCGCAGGAAGCCUACUCCUAAGGAUCCACUCCAUCCGACUAAGUCGGAUUUCAUUAAAGCCAAGCAUGUCAACUUGUCGUUUGUUCUUAAACCAAAUCUUCAAGAUGACGAGAGUUUCAAUGGCAAUCUAGAAACUGAGCUAAGCAAGCAAUUGCAUGCGAGUGUCAGAACUAGUAAUUUGGAAACUUCUUUACGUUUGUUGGUGCAAGGAGCUGAUCCUAAUUAUUUUCACGAGGAAAAGAAAUCGAAUCCAUUGCAUGUUGCGGCAAAAUUUGGACAAGCUUCACAAAUCGAGUUGCUUAUCAUUCAUGGGGCAGAUUUGAAUGCCCUAGACGGAAAUGGUAGUACUGCAUUUGAGGUGGCAAAAGCCAAUAAUCACAAUCUAAUCGCUGAACGACUCAUAGAGGCUAUGUAUGAUGUUACUGAUCGUAUAACUAUGUUCUUAGGAGGCAAGAGACCCGAUCAUGCAAAUGGAAAACAUAUUUGUAUACCAGACUCGAAUAAUUCAGAAAUUAGCGAGCAAUUGAAAAUUGCCCGCGGCAGAUUGCAACUUGUGCCAAAUAAAAUGUUCGAAGAACUUGUCAUGGACUUAUACGAUGAAGUAGACCGUCGGGAAAGUGAAGCAAUUUGGGCAACAACCGCUUUGAAUCCGGAAAACGUUGCAGUACCAUUUCUACCAGCAAACCCAUUUCUAAGUGCCACUCGUAAUCAGGGUCGUCAAAAACUAGCCCGUUUUAGCCCACUCGAAUUUGCUGGCCUUCUUACCGAUGUACUCAUAGAUGCUCGGCGUCGUCAGAACAUGGCCAAUUUAAGACCCUUGGAUAGUUUAAAUCAACAAUCAUUUUCAGCUACUGAUGAUCCGAAUCUCUCCGACGACGAACCUAUUUAUGAUCCUGUUGCUUCUGAUGAAGAUUAUGCGCCAGUUGCAUCAAUUGUACAACAGAACCACCAUUCGUCUAUGGUUGGAACGCGUCCAGCAGACGUCUACGAAAUGGAAACAUUGCGCAAAAAAAUUAAUCAAUAUGAAUCGGAAAUCAAUCAAUUGAAAAAUGUUGUCGAACAGUUAUCUACAGAAAACACAAAAUUGAAAUCAAAGUAUUCGGGCGUUAAUUUCAAUAUUUACGAUGAACCAUUACGAAUUGAUUUAAAUGGAACCGAACCGGAAAAUGAACCUGUUUUGGAUGGUUCAGGUUCAGGUUCUGGCAGUAAUCAAUCAACUUCUAAGCGUCCUGCGAGUAUGUAUGAAAGGCGUUUAGGAGCAUUAAAUAAACCUCCAGACUGCCGAACCACAACGAGCAUGUACCAAAUGGCUGGCGACAAGCCUUUUGGUGAGGAGGUUAAGCAUAGAACUGACUUGGUUACUCGACGUCUAAAGGAGCUCUGCAUUGCCAUGCAUGAUACAUCAACGAAAGACGCAUUUGUACCUUGUGCCGAGCGCAUUAGGGUAGCAGUUGAUGAAUUAACUGCAAUCUUUAGAACUCCAAAUUACAACGAAUCGAUUCGCGAGGCUCUAAAACAAUUGAAUCUUUAUAAUACUCAGGUUCAGCGAGAAUGUGAACAUUUGCAGGAGGCUAUCAACAAAGCUGACUCACCAGCAAUAGAAGCUUACAUGAAAGAAGUCCGCGAGUGUGCAUUUUAUAUAGCCAGUGCAACAAAAGCUCUUUAUUUGCAAUUUGAAUAAUAAUUCAUGUUUUAAAUUUUUAAGUUGCUACGAAACAGUUUUAUUUUCGACAUUUAUUUUUGUUUAAAAAGUUUUUUAUACUUAUACAAACAUUAUAUAUAGCUUAUAAUUAAUUUAUAUACAUAUCUAACAAUACAUUUUUUAACUUCGUCCUUUUUUCUUAUUUAAUAAAUAAGUAAAAAAUGAA